UACAUUACGCCCCAACAGACCCCUUCCACCCGUCACUCUACCAAGGGCACUGGGCCGCCGGACACUCAACGGUCGCGCAGAUCAGCGCAAUAAAGAACCAGUUCCCGUCUCGAGUUGCUUAGUGCGCAGCGCCUCAACCGUGCUGCAUAUGAUCGUCAUUUUGACAGGUGACAGCGCCAGUGACAGGUCGCCCGCUGUGCACGACAUGCCGACUUUGUCCAGGGCGAGUACGGCGUCAGAACAUGUUGAUGAAACACACAGAGCAAAAGCGGGAUUAUGAAAGCAACGGAGAUCAGAGAAUAGAAAGGGACGUCCCAGCGGCUCAUCAGCGCUGAACAUGACCUACACGAUGGGCGAAGAAACUGAAAGUGAAAUUCGAGGAGGAGAAAAAAAAUCAGAGGAAUAGGAAGGUGACUAGAGGCCAGCGGCAAGAGCCAUACUUCAGCAAUGCCGACAUGCCUCAAUCCGCGUUCGAACAUGGAGGCUCAGGGAAGGAGAAUCUUCUCGCCACUUAUAGUGAGUUACCAAUACUCGAUGCCAAACUGAACUCACCUUCCUCAACGACCGCAGACACCACGCGUACCUUCUUGCCUCUAAGCCCAAUGUCGUCGCCUCAUCGGCGCAAAGUCGCCGAUCCCAGUUCGGCUUCAACAGGAUGCCGAGAAUCCAUGUUCAACGGCUCUGCAGCGGCGCCCAAAACAAGGCCGAGGAGCGCGGCAGGUACACCGAUGUAUCGAGAAGCUGCUGCGAACUCCAUUACCGAGCAUCGGAUUCGCGGAUAUCGAUCCUCAAACAGCCGCAAAACCGUCUAUAUUGGGCCUUCUAUUGCGGGAUGCGGUAAAAAUGGCCUGAUGCUCGGCAGUUCCAAGAUGGGCAGGCCUGAGUAACACCGUUUUUAGGUAUCCACUU